ACACAUCAUACGAUUGAUUGAAAGUUUGUCACGUGACUUCAGGUUAAAUGUCAGUGGGAUUUUUUUGUUGUGAUUUACCUGCGAUUCAAUAAAUUUGAAGAUUUAAUUAAGUGAUUUUUCUAUCGUCAAAUAUGCCAGCAGAAGCAGAUGUUGCAAAAGUUCAGUCGAAUCCUCCAGAAACUUGCGAAGACAGUUCACAUGGUAUAAACAAAGAUGGACGAGAAUCAAGUGUUUUCAGUUUAUUGCUGUAAAAUGAUUUUCAACAUUGGAAGACGUGUUUUAAUAUUUACAAAAAGAUUGCUAAUUAGUGUAUGGGUUACGUUGUCUACAUUCAUCAUGGCUUGCUGUAGGAGAGACCCGAAAGAGCCAAAAGGAGAACCUGUAUGCACAGGGUGUGUUAAAUAUAAGGAUGAGAAUGAUCGCAUGUUUAAAAUGCUAAAUCAGACUCUAGCAGAAAAUGAGCGUCUUAGUAAAGAAAAUACCGCCAUCCAAAAAAGAUCAGAGGAGAUUACCUCCGCCAUGGCCAACAUUUUGGAAACUAAGGGUGACCUGGAGAAUGUCAAUGAUGAGUUUGCUAAUACAAAAUUAGCGAAAACUUUUGAGAAGCUUUAUGAUAACAAGUGGACGGAAUUGUCGGAAUGGUUUGACGAGAACACACCUGAUCUAAACGAGUUAGAGAGAAUAAAAAGUAUUACAGGUCUGAUGAAGAAUGCGUACGAGGAGUGCCAGCGUUUAGCGGACGAACAGUUACGCAGGUUCCUGUUUCUAAACAAGGAGGAUGAAAUUCCUACUUCUAAAGAGGAAGCUGCACUGUUCAAAAUCAGACGACUUAGUGGUCAACAACCUGGCACAAGAGAUUCAGUUAUAAAGGAAGUCAUGUGUAAGGUUCUUGACCCAAAGAGGACGCAAGUAUUUUUUACUGAAGAAAAUAAGGAUGAGGCGAUGAAACAACUUGAAGGAUUUUUGCAGAUAUAUAUUGACAAAUGUUGGCUUAUGACAAUAUCUCAUCCAAAGUUGCUGCUAAUAUUUGACGUCAUUGGUCAGCCAUAUACUGGUACUAUCAAAGAACGUUUUAAACAGUUUUCUACACAAGAUGAUGUAGAAGCUUCGGACAUGGAAAAAGAUAGUGUUUUCGAGGUGGUCUGGCCAUGUGUUGCACUGGAGGAUGGCACCGGUGUAUAUGCUAAAGGAGAUGUAAUAACAGUAGAUAUCCGCAAAGAAACGUAGCUUAAUUUUCACAUACAAUAACAUAUAAUUCAAGUGCUAAUAUGUGUCUAAAAUACUCAGUCUGAUUUUGCAAGGAGUAAAAACGACAAAAUGACCAAGACGAGAAAGUCUAGUUGUGUGUAUUGCAAGAUAUCUAGUUUAAGACAGCUAUGGUAUCUGAAUAUUUCCAAGUUGUGGACAUGAAUUUAGUGCAUUUAUUCCCGAUUCUUAUAUUUUCUGUCUAACCUAAGAACGUGCUUUUAUUUGUAAUUAUUGUAAAUAAAAGUAAAGUCAC